AUGAAGCUGACCUGGGUUGGAUUGCUGGCACUGGCCGGGACCGCCCUGUCCCACGCUCAUCAUGAGCAUGAAGACAUUCCACAGCAUGUGCGUGAGGAGCUCCUGAAGAAAUGGAACCAAGAGUGGUCUUUCACCGGACAUGCCAGUUUCGCGCACUUGAAGCCCGUCAAGUGCCUCGUUGAGCCGGAAGAGAAGUACGAUAUCGCCGUCAUCGGCGCACCCUUCGACACCGCAGUUAGCUACAGACCAGGAGCUCGAUUCGGCCCGCGCGCAAUUCGCGCCGCCAGCGCUCGGCAAAUGGCCGGCACCUCUUUCAACACUCGUGCGGGGAUCAACCCUUACAGCUCGUGGGCCACCAUAAAGGACUGCGGCGACAUUCCCAUCACGCCGUUCGACAAUGGUGUCGCUGAGCGCCAGAUGUACGAAGCCUUCCUCGAGCUAGGCUCCCGCACGCCCAUCACCAGCGCCUCAUCCGAGUACGGCACGAAGGGCAUCUCCACUGGCAAAUCCAAGCUUGUCACCCUUGGCGGUGAUCACAGCGUUGCGCUCCCGGCUCUCCGCGCUUUGUAUCAGAUUUACCAAAAACCCAUCACGGUCUUGCAUUUCGAUGCCCACCUCGACACCUGGAACCCCGUGCGUUACUCGGCGUACUGGCAAUCUGAGCAGUCGGCGUUUAACCACGGUAGCUUUUUCCACAAGGCCAGUCGUGAGGGUCUUAUUUGCAAUUCGACCUCUGCGCAUGCCGGUUUGCGCACCCGGCUUACGGGCAUCGAUGACAGCGACUACACCGCACCUGGAACGCCCGAGCAAGGAUUCAUGCGUAUCCACGCUGACGAUAUCGACGAACUGGGCGGACCAAUGGGCGUUGUGAAUAAGAUUAUCCAGCGCAUUGGACUCGACUCAGAACAACCCGUCUACCUGUCCGUCGACAUCGACGUCCUUGACCCCGCUACCGCACCUGGAACUGGAACACCAGAACCGGGUGGCUGGACAACCCGUGAAUUCAUCCGCAUUUUGCGCGGUAUCGAAAAACUUAAUAUUGUUGGCGCGGACAUUGUUGAGGUGUCGCCUAGCUAUGACAACAAGGGUGAAACGACUGCCCUGGCUGCUGCACAGGUUGCCUACGAGAUCAUCACCAGUAUGGUCAAAGCAGGUGCGGGCGAGGAUCUGGGUGGGUGGUACGGACGCAAGGAGGGUGUUACCGCUCAGGAAACGGAGCCUGAGCCCGAAACCAAGGAGUCUGGACACAAGGACGAGCUGUAA